AUGAAGCUCACGAAGUCGAACAUCCAUUUAUCCAACGAGAAGUCCCAGCACACUGGGAUUUCCACCAUUAAGUCUUACCUUGUCAUCACAGGGCUGGCAGUUAUUAUUUCCGCUCCCCACUCCAGUGGCAACCCCAAGGCCAAUUUCGCCAAUAUCACCACCGCCAGUGUCAAUGUUCAGACCACCACCAUCUCCAUUGCCGAUUUUGUUGGCAAUUUUGUUGCCAACCUUGGCGUCUCCGUGGGGAACCUGGUAGUCAACCGCAUCGGUGGGCCUAACCCAGCCUCCCAGGGCACGGUGGGAGUCAUCCGCGGGGAGCGCAGUGACGAGAGCACAGCAAACAAGGGUAAGAAGAGCGAAGCGCAUCUUUGCAAAGGUCUUGGCUUGACUUGA